UCAUCUUUUCUGCUUCCUCCACGCCGCCGGUAGAAAAUCUUCUUUGUUUCUUUUACAGAAGAAGGAUUCGAAGUCUUCUUCUUUCGCUUUAUAUUCAGAAGUAUAUGUUUGUGAGCUCGUCUUUCAGGCCUCUCACUCGACUGCUUUCCUCGCCCCGGCUCUUAUCCCGUUUCUCCCAAUCCACAUCCACAAUGACUCAGUCCACGAGCAUGGCGGCCACCGACUUCAAGAGUGAGUACAGCAGCUCUGGCGCACCUCUGCGAGCUAGAUCGUGGGUUUUACUGUACUAGACCUGUGCUGACGACGUUUAUUUUGCUCGGAUUAGGUGACACAGUCACCACGCCCACAGAAUCAAUGCUGCAGGCAAUGCUCACCGCAACCCACGGCGACGACGUCUACAAAGAAGACAAGACCACCAACGACUUUCAGGAGCGCGUGGCCAAGAUGGCUGGCAAACCCGCCAGUCUGUUUGUUGUCUCUGGCACGAUGGGCAACCAGAUCUGUCUCCGCGCACACCUGCACCAGCCGCCGUACUCGAUCCUGUGCGAUUACCGCGCCCACGUGUAUACCCACGAAGCUGCGGGUCUGGCGAUGCUCUCGCAGGCGAUGGUGACCCCUGUUCACCCAAGAAAGACUACCUACAUCACCGCCAAAGAGAUCGAGGAGAACCUGAUUUUGGGUGACGACAUCCACACUGCCCCGACGCGAGUGAUCUCGCUCGAAAACACGUUGGGCGGCACGAUCAUGCCUAUCGAAGAAAUUGCCAAAAUCUCAGCUUUGGCCAAGAAGCACAACCUCAAGCUCCAUCUCGACGGUGCCCGUCUCUGGAACGCCUCGGCCGAGACCGGCAUCCCCAUCUCAGAGUACGGCAAGUACUUUGACUCGAUGUCGCUGUGCAUGUCCAAGGGCGUCGGCGCCCCCGUCGGGACCGUCAUCGUCGGAGAACCAGACUUUAUCCAGACUGCCAAUUGGUUCCGUAAGCAGCUCGGAGGUGGUAUCAGACAGGCUGGCCUGCUGGCUGCCGCCGCUGACGUUGCGCUCACUGAGAAUUACCCCGAGAAGCUCAAGCUCACGCACGAGACCACCAAGAAGCUCGCCAGCGAGCUGCACGAGGAGAUGGGUUUGGAGUUCCAGAUCCCGGUGGAGACCAACUUUAUCUUUUUGGAUCUCGAAAAGGCAGAAAUCGAUCCCGCCGUGUUCAUCGAGGAGGGCGACAAGCUCGGAAUCACCGUCGUCGGCGCGCGCAUCGCGAUCCACCACCAGACUUCGGUGGAUGCUAUAGAAAAGCUGAAGCAGGCUUUGCGAAAUGCGAUCAAGAUCUCCAAGGAUAGACCGAUCGAGAAGCCGGAGGGAUCGCUCAAGUAUGGUGUUUACGAUAAGAUGUAGACGAUUCUGUUGGAUUAUUUUUCGCUAUAGAGGAAGAUGGCUUUGGAUACAGGGAGU